AUGCAAGGCGUCUACAACGACCUCAACCACGAGCUCGCCCUUCUGCAGUACAAGGUCGGACGAUAUGACAUGUCCAUUACGUUUGGCGCAUUCUUCCUCAAGACCAUCCGCAAUGAGUCCGCAACGCUCGCUGAUGUCGGGACGAGAUGCGACGCCCUGAACGGGCGGCAAAGGAUAAUCACCUCAUUUUCCGACAGUGCCGGAUACCAGAACAAAGCCAUACGGGCCGAUGUUGCUAGCCUCCAGAGUGACAAGGACAAAGCCAUCACCGACCUCAAGUCAGCCGCCAACGACAACCUUUGGCUUGCCCACCUGCUCCAAGGAAAGGGCUACAAUAUCGAUGUGACGCUUUUUUCUUAUGAGAAAGCAGACCAGGCCCGCGAGUUGGCGAGGUUGCAACACGCGGCCGCCGCCCACCUGGUUCAAACGCACAAGGACGACGUUGCUGAUACACACCUGAGCUUUGACCGGAGGGAUGACGCGGCUCGAGCGCAUGAACGCGGCGCGAUUGAGCGGAUAUGCAACGAGACACUUGAGAAGAUGAAGCGCUUCGCCGAUCAGAAGUUUUCGUACAACGAGUUCAUGCACGAGCGGGCAGAGAUCGAGAUUGAGCGCCGAGUGAGUACUGAAGUCGAUAAGCGCCUCCAACCGCACAAAGCCCACGAGUCGGAACUCCGUGAGCAGAUCUAUAAGCUCGUCGACGCGAAGUACGACGAUAUCGAUUCCACGAUGGUUACCUUCUGCAACACUGCCUUCGCAGACGGCGAGCGGAUCGGUCGCGACAUCGGCUUCAAAGCCGGCUUUCGUAUGAAGAGGACCCUGGAGGAGCUUGAGCUCUCAGGCGGAAACGUCCCCAUCAGUGUCUGCGAGCCUUGGGUCCAGGAUGCUGUCGACGAGGCCGCCGCUAUGAGCCUCAAGGCGACCCGCACGAAGCCCAAUCCUAUGCCGACAACAUACGACCAAGCAUGUGCCAUCCUCAAGAAGGAUAUCGUCAAGCAAUGA